UUUCGUUCCUCAAAGCCGAUGGAGGUUGCAUCUACUCCAGCUUCUGCUGAACUGGUUCAGCCUUCAACAUCGAGCAUGGCUGCCCCUGCCCCAGCCUCUUGUCAAGAACCACAGCCUUCGACAUCUGGUACGGCUGCCCCUACAUCAGAAAUGAGUCAAGAGGAGGAAGAUGAUAUGGUGAAUGACCCUUUAUACCAAGAUACAGAUGGACCAAAGUGGACCAGCGAAGUCCGAAAGAAGAUGGUGAGGCUGGGGCUUUACCAGAAGCAUAGUUUAGAUCACCAUCUCAUCAUGGGCUUUGCGAAGUAUCUGAAGGGUGACCACCAAAUGAAAAACUGUAAGCAAGAGUGUGACAACGUCUGCAGAUUCCUUUAUUAUAUGGAUCCAAACGAGCCAAGUGUAAAUUUCACCCGAAACAUUGAGAAGACCAGGGAAUAUUUUUUGAAGCUUAAUCAGGCUGGGCUCACAUUUCAGACCGUGAUGAAUUACAUGAAGAGUGUGAAACGGUUCACAUCAUUCCUCCUCUGCCAGACCAAUGUCACCCUACAGAACCCGGAGAAACAUAACCAAAUGAAAAUGUACAUAGACCUUUUCAGUGUCAUGCAGAAGAAUUUCUCCAAGCAGGUGUCAAAGGAAAUAGCAGCAAAGAGGUAUGCCAUUUCUUAAUCUAUCACACAUCCUCACUUUUCUGUUCAUGAACUUAGAUCAUGCUCUGGUCAUUUGAAGCUUAAAGAUAACCAUGUAUCUGUAUGUGUGUGUUUUUCUUUCACCCGUUUAGAUACAGACAGAUGAAUGCUGAUCUGCCGACACCGAGAGAAU